AUGCGGCUGCCCUUAGAUACAGAGUAGAAUAGAAACAAGAAUCUACAGUUACAGCACUACAGAGUGGUAAGAGAAACUGGGCAAUGUCGCUAUAAGGGCAGGUAAAUUAAAUGAAAAGCAAAAUAGUAAAUAUGAUGUAUUUGUGCUUAUCGUGUGCUCUAUUUACAGUAUAUAAAAUGAAUGAUCACUUAAGUGAAUACUUGAAGCAAUUUUGGACUCUUUAUUGUAGGCUUCAUUGCAGUACAAAGGGGUAAAGUGUAAUAACCUGGAUUUUAACUUGGACACUUUAAUAUGGACUUUUAAUAAUGGACACUUGGCACAAAUGGAGGGGACACCAAUUUGACACAAAAAGGAUUGGACUGAUGGAGGUUAGGCGAAUAAACCCCCGAAGCAGUAACCUCUGAUGACCUUGUCUUUUAAUUACUUUUAACCACUUUUUAACCAUUGGGUGAAGUUAAUCUGUCUACCAAUGAUGGUGGAGGGGAGGAGUCUAAUGUAUUUAAAGUUUUUGUACGAUGUGCACCUGUGAACACUUGACAAAGAGCCACAAUGCUCGAAACAUGUUGUGUUUAAUAAACCUUGCAGCAAAGUACCUGCGGUUUUGAGCCUGAUUUGUCCACAACUCUCACGGAAACUACAGAUAUUUGGCUUCUAAUCGGGACAGAAGCAGUGGCACAGGCAGGUAAUGGUGUAAUUGGUAUCAACCUACUUUACUUCAGCUGAAUUGAGUCCCUACUGAUACCAUCUAAUUACACAAUACCAAGCACAUCGAUGAAUCCCAGCCAGACAGAGUCGGGAGCCUCAACAUUCGCAUAUAGCGAAAAAGAAAUCCAGGAGAUACUGGAAGGCAUAGAGGCAAGUCUUACAAUAUCUGAGCACAAACCUGAAAACAGAGAUUUAGCACGAGAACUGUAUAGUUUUCAAAAGAAUGAAGUUACUAUUAACCUGCAUAUCUCAACAUUGGCACAAUAUGUAAAGGCAAGAUUUAUCCCUAGAGGACUAAGGGUUAACCUACAGCCAAACCUGUGUGCAGAUGACUCAGUGUUAACCAAACGCUGGGAGGAAAUAUGCAACAAGUGCAGCCUGGAUUUGAUGGUCCUGACAAUUGAGCGUCUUCAGGAGAAAGUGAAAAGUGUCCGCCUAAAGGUUGCAGACCUGAAAGAAAAGGUGACUGCUAAGGAGGGAACAGAAGUAACAAAGAACAUCCUGGCCGAACACGCUGAUCUCUUGUUGCGACAUAGAGAAAAGCUAGUAGAGAGGAAGCAGCGUAAGUUCGAGCGUGACGCCAAGGACUUCAGAGAAAACCGCGUUUACACGUGGCGAGAGGAGCGGAGAAGGCAGCGGUUCUAUCAAGACGGGGAAGAGCCCGUGAGUCAGACCGACCUGCCGGCCCCUUACCCAGACAGAGUUCAGCCGGUAUAUCGAUACGGCGCAAGGAACACCAACAGAAGGAGGGGGCGCGAAUAUACGACUUACCAGCCACGCUACACUAGGGAGCGGUCGUCAGACAGCAGCAGGAGCAGCACCUCUACGCCUUCCACCAGCAGCACGAGUAACCCCUGUGGCAAUUACAGCGUGCCUUUUUUAGGAGGAACACACGAGCAGCAACAAAGAAGAAAUCCAAGGGAACCAAUUCAAAGGGAGCAGUAUCCGAGCAGGAAGAGGAGAUAAAGAGAUAUGCGGCUGCCCUUAGAUACAGAGUAGAAUAGAAACAAGAAUCUACAGUUACAGCACUACAGAGUGGUAAGAGAAACUGGGCAAUGUCGCUAUAAGGGCAGGUAAAUUAAAUGAAAAGCAAAAUAGUAAAUAUGAUGUAUUUGUGCUUAUCGUGUGCUCUAUUUACAGUAUAUAAAAUGAAUGAUCACUUAAGUGAAUACUUGAAGCAAUUUUGGACUCUUUAUUGUAGGCUUCAUUGCAGUACAAAGGGGUAAAGUGUAAUAACCUGGAUUUUAACUUGGACACUUUAAUAUGGACUUUUAAUAAUGGACACUUGGCACAAAUGGAGGGGACACCAAUUUGACACAAAAAGGAUUGGACUGAUGGAGGUUAGGCGAAUAAACCCCCGAAGCAGUAACCUCUGAUGACCUUGUCUUUUAAUUACUUUUAACCACUUUUUAACCAUUGGGUGAAGUUAAUCUGUCUACCAAUGAUGGUGGAGGGGAGGAGUCUAAUGUAUUUAAAGUUUUUGUACGAUGUGCACCUGUGAACACUUGACAAAGAGCCACAAUGCUCGAAACAUGUUGUGUUUAAUAAACCUUGCAGCAAA